AUUCCUCAACAGGGUGAUGCUGUGGCCAAGGUUUUUCUGGGUCAGAGGAACCUGCACAACCGGUAUCUUCAUACAAACUCCAGGUCCCUCUGCAGCACAAGGAACGGGACAGGCACAGGAUUAUAAAAUGACCUCUAACAGGCAAAUGGAAGAGCCCUGAGAAAGAAGGGCUGUGGGCAGUGUGAAUCAGCAGAAGUGACUGUGCCCACCUUCAUGCACCCAUUAUAUGCUAAAUCUGUAAUAAAAUGGUCACAGCCCCAGACACGGGCUUGGCCAUGCCUGCACGUGCAAAGCUUUCCAAGCUGCUGCUGUUGCUGCUGAGUGUGGAAUCCUGUUCUGCUGCUGCUCAUGGGGAUGAGCCCAGCCUGGGCAAGAGGUCCUUGCUUCACUAUGAACGUGAUUCCAGUGCUGUUGACUCUUCUCAAGACACAAGGUUGCAUGUUUUCACACUGGAUUAUGACUAUGUGCAAAUUCCCUAUGAAGUUACCCUUUGGAUCCUCCUUGCCUCUUUUGCAAAAAUAGGUUUCCAUAUCUUUCACCGAUUACCAAGACUCAUGCCUGAAAGCUGCAUCCUGAUUGCCAUUGGAGCACUAGUAGGAGCAAUCAUCUUUGUUUCCCAUCACAAAUCUCCACCAGUGAUGAACACUAGCAUUUACUUCCUGUAUCUCCUUCCACCCAUUAUUCUGGAGGAGGGUUAUUUCAUGCCAACUCGACCAUUUUUUGAAAACCUUGGAUCCAUCCUGUGGUGGUCUGUUCUGGGAGCUCUGCUAAACUCAUUUGGGAUUGGCCUCUCCCUCUAUGGAAUCUGCCAGAUCGGAGCCUUUGGCCUGACUGACCUGGACCUGCUGCAGAACUUGCUCUUUGGCAGCAUGAUUUCAGCAGUGGACCCCGUGGCAGCUCUGGUAGUUUUUGAAGAAGCCUCUGUUAAUGAGCAGCUUUACAUGAUGAUCUUUGGGGAGUCAUUGCUAAAUGAUGGCAUAACUGUGGUUUUGUAUAACAUCUUCAUCGCCUUCACGCAGAUGCACAGGUACGAAGAAAUCGAAUCCAUCGAUGUCUUUGCUGGCUUUGCUCGAUUCUUCGUGGUGGGGCUGGGUGGAGUCUUGUUUGGCAUCGUGUUUGGAUUUGUCUCAGCGUUCAUGACUCGCUUCACCCACAACGUCUCUUCAAUUGAGCCCCUGCUGGUCUUCAUGUUCAGCUACCUCUCAUACUUGUCUGCUGAAACCCUUUACAUCUCGGGCAUUUUGGCGAUGACAGCAUGUGCAGUGACGAUGAAAAAAUACGUGGAGGAGAAUGUUUCCCAGAAUUCUUAUACCACAAUAAAAUACUUCAUGAAGAUGCUGAGCAGCAUCAGUGAGACCCUGAUUUUUGUGUUCAUGGGAGUGUCUACAGUGGGGAAAAACCAUGAAUGGAACUGGGCCUUCAUUUGCUUCACUCUGCUCUUCUGCCUCAUUUGGAGGACACUAAGUGUAUUUGCUCUCUUCUACAUCAGUAACAAGUUCAGAACAUAUCCUUUCACCUUCAAAGACCAGCUCAUUAUUUCUUACAGUGGCCUUCGAGGAGCCAGCAGCUUUUCUCUGGCAUUCCUGCUUCCAAGGAAUCUUUUCCCCAGAAAAAACCUGUUCAUCACUGCCACUCUUGUGGUUAUAUAUUUCACUGUGUUCAUCCAAGGAAUCACAAUUGGACCGUUGGUCAGAUAUCUGGAUGUUAAAAAGACGAACAAAAAGGAAUCUAUCAAUGAAGAAAUUCAUGUGCGAUUGAUGGAUCACUUGAAGGCUGGAAUUGAGGACAUAUGUGGACACUGGAGUCAUUAUCAGCUGAGAGAUAAAUUCAAGAAGUUUGACAAUAAGUAUUUGAAGAAAAUUUUAAUUCGGGAACACCAGCCGAAAUCCAGCCUUGUGUCACUGUACAAAAAGAUGGAGAUAAAAUUGGCCAUCGAGAUGGCUGAGAGUGGCAUGAAAAUUUCAAAAUCAUCCACUCCUUCUUUACAGAGCGGCAGGAAGCAGCGCGCACACAGGCUGUCCCCGGCAGAGGUGCAGUCCAUGAGGGAUGUGCUGGCGCACAACCUGUACCGAGUGCGGCAGAGGGCCCCAGCAUACAACCGGCACAAUCUUCCUACAAACACAAGUGAGAAACAAGCCCAAGAAAUCCUCAUCCGUCGGGAGCACAGCCUGAGGCAAAGUUGCAGGAAGGGAAACAGCUUGCCUUGGGGCAGACCGGUGAACACCACAGAAGUACGCUACCUCUCCUUGCCUCAGGGUCCAUGCCAGCCCACCAGAAGAAGAGCUAGGCACGUUACUUUUACAGAUCAGCACAGAAGUGACUCUGAUGCUGCAUUCCCAUUAACGUUGAGAUCCCAGCCCCGACCACGGCCACGCGAAGCAAAGCAUCACCAAGAGCUGAUUCCAAUGGCAGCCUUGGGCAGAGGAGCAGGUCCCUCCAACCUGCCAGGGCGAAGAGGAAACUCAACCAUCCGUCCUCGUUUCACCAGAGCAGACAAUCUAGCUCCAGUGCCAAAGGCUGGGCUCACUGUCAGAGAAGUAGAGGAGUAUGAGUCAGAAGAAGAGACAGAAACAAUGGCACCAGCCAGGCCAUUAGUUAUAUGAGGAGCAGAGAAGAUCAGUGUUUGCAUCUCUAGGGCUCCUGGUGCACUGCUUCAAAAGAAAUAACAAAGCUUUUAUAUGAACCAAACUGAUUUUCCUCUGGGGACCAGUGUACUGGUUCUCGUAUCACUUUCAGGAGUUGCAUUAAGGUACUUAGUGGCUCAGAGAAGACUCAAAUUCUUAUGUGCUUAUAUCAAGCUUUCUUUCCAACAAAACACUGCAGGAAAGAGGAGAACAUGAUAUUUGUAGGGGUUUGGCCUUGGAUUUAAACAGCAGUAGUUGGGUGCAUGUAAUGGUAUGGGUGGAAGCUGACACUGCCUUUGUUUCAUACUAUGGUCUGCAUCCAGAGGAUAGAAAUAUAUAAAAGCAUCUUUGACAUGUGAAUGCACAGAUUACCUCAACUUGCAUAGAGUUUUUGAUUUCAGAGUAGCUGCAUUCUGGGAAAGAGUUAAAAGCAGAAAGGCAUUUUUUAGGGCAUGUAAAUGUCACUGAAGAUGCCUAAGCAAGACCUUAAGUCAAAAGGACUUUCGGUGGACAUUUUCAGCACUUUGUAACCUCUUGGCAACUCAGGUUUUGGCUCUGCAAAAGUGUGUUAAGUCAUCUACUGUGAUGAUCCAUGACUCUAGCGACUUAAAUCAAUUUCAGUAUGUAGGUUCCUAUUACUCACCUACUGCUGUUUUCGAUGAAUAAAGCAUGUAUCCUUGUACAUACAAAUCCAGAGGAGUUUUCAGGCAGGAGUGCUGUCAGGAUUUUAUUUCUGAGCAUGGAAUGGCAAGAACACACACAAUAUUUUUGUGAUUCAGAGAGAAGGAAGUUUCCUUGUGAAGAAUCUAACUUCUCCAUUCCCACUCCCACCUUGUAUGCCCAGAAACAUGCAUCAUUUUUCACACUACUACUGCACCAGCAAUGCAGAUAGGAAGCAGGAAACUGGGAUUAAGGGUAGAGGGAGCCUAACCCUGCAGACUGCUGGCUAGCAGGAAAGAGAGGCCCUGUGUUUGUCUCCCAGCUUUUUGUAGUGUGUCUUUCUAUAUGCUGUACAGAGAAGCUUUUUCUUUAAAAAAAAAAAAAAAGCAGAAAUAACCAGAGGGAUGGUCACUAUAGCACUUGACAUCCAAAGUCUAUGGACUUCCAAGUUCUAUGGAGCUCCCUUCCAAGUGGCUCUGUGUGCCUAUGCUCCACUCUCAAUGGUGGGUCUCCCUAGCAGCAGGAGAAGCACAAAUUAUGGUCUUUAAUAAUUUUAGCUAAGUCCCAGAGACCUAGUUUCUCUGAAGAAGUUCCUUUCUGCAGAAUGGAAGCGGCAUUGCCACUGUCUUCUGUGUGUUGGCACUGUAUCCGAAGUGAUGAAUUGAGUUCAGAAGUCCAUAAACCCACAGCUGCACUAAUAUCAAAUCUAUGGUUAAGAAAUGCACCAAGUUCAGUCAUGUUUUUGACAAGUUUCCUUCUAUCUCCUCCACUCAGAUCUUGCUUAGCUGCCCAAGCCAAAGUCUGCAAAUGCUACUCUAAGGGUCAGAGAUUCAAGAGUUAGAGAGAGCAGUGCUACCUGCAUGUUUCUUUUUUAUAUAUUGCUGGUGUUGCUUGUAUGUAUAUAUACUAAUAACUUAUUCCUGUAAGUUAUGAUUUCAUAUUUCUUACAAAGGGUUUCUGAUUCAGAGCAGCUAGAAUCUAAACUAACAAACUUGAAAACACCACCAGAGGAAGAAAACCCCACAAGCCCUUUCCCCUAUUUUCUCAUGCUUGAUGCUUUUAUGCUUGGCAGGUUAUAAUGAAUCAUCUGUACUGAAAUUGUACAAAGCUUUAUGAAACUUGAGUUCUGUUUGUAUUUCCUUAUUGUGCCAGAGAAAUUAUACGACUUCCUUUUAUGAAAACAGUGCUACAUCAUUAAAACAGGGUAGGAUUUUUCUUCUGUACCGAUACCGAUACCGAUACCAAAUUAGCAAUGAAAUACGGUACUGUACCUGAAAAUCAACAAAUAAACCCAGCUCCACCAAAGGAGGAAGUGCACCACAGAGUUUUUAAACAAAAGCCUAGCACCGGAUCUCAGUCCUACAGCAAGGUAUAUUGACAUAUCAUAAAUCUAAAUUAAAACAUGAUAUGAAGGGAAAGAGUUAUCAUACAAACUCAGGUCUUAAAUUGCACUGUCAGCCACAUGGUUGCCACAUGAUAUUUAAUUGAGGGCAAAAUCAGUACCCAUGUGUUGUGGUGUUAGGCCACAGAGGUGCAUGGAGUGUGAAGGCAGCAGAAGCGUGAAACCUGCUUCUGCAUCACAGAACUGGGGGGGAUUGAGAUCUCCAAAACUGGCUGGUGGGUGAUAUGAACUGCUGGCAACCCUUGGGGAGAGAGAGAAUGUGGAAAUCUGAAAGGAAGGUGAAGAAUCUUAUCUUCCAAGGGAGAUGUUUCAUGAGAAACAGCUUUAAUGGAGGAAUUACUGUGAGCUGCAAAUUCAGCAUUUCAUCUGUAAGAAGAUUUAAUCAACGAAUUGUCUGGGGGAACUGGACAGAGACAAACUCUGUGAGACGAGGAUUAAUGGGAUGUCAGGAUGGCAUGGGGAGGGACUAGACAUUCAUAAUGGGAAAGUGGAGUCUGUGCAUGUUGACCAGUAUAUGUUUGACAGACAUGCUCAUAAUUGACUCCUAAAUUCCUUUAAUAUUGUAGAAGUUGUAGAGCAUUGUGUAAUUACCCAUCAGAAUUUGGGAGCAAAACAUUCAGUUUCUAAUUAUGGGUUUAUAUUAGGACUAGAGAAAGAUAAUAAAAUACUAAGAGAAAUAGUGUAUAGAUGGAGUCAAAUCUCCCUUUGCUUCAUUCUUAACCUUCUUGUUGAUGAAAUCAGUGACCCAGAACUUCAGAGAGUGUAAAGCUGUAGAGCAGAUAGAAGUUAAUAGAGUGCUUUCAGAUUUUGCAGUCUGGCUCCUAAACUUGUAAUGUCUAUUUUUAGUUUUCUUUCCUAGCAAUUAGUAAAUAGUACUGGAAGAAAAUUUCCUUCUGUGCCAUUAGUUGCUGUUAAUGGCUUUGCUGGCCAUCAGCCAAGAAGCAAUGCUGCA